AUGGCAAAUCAAGGUAGUGAGAAUGCUUCCAACAAUGGUGUUACCAAUAAUCAGAAUGAUCCCCCACUUUCAAACCCCUUUGAACAAGCCAAAAAUCUAGUUCCGACUUUGAGUACCAGUGAACUUCAGCAAUUGAUAGAUCACAUUCAAGCAGAGAUUGAUUAUCGUCAUCAAGAAAUGAUUCAUCGACGUGAAGAAGAAGAACAAAGACGAAGAGAGGAGAAGGAAAAGUAUGAUCGUAAGUUUGCUGCAUGGAAGCCCAAGUUUUUGGCAUAUGAUCAGAGGAAGGGAGAGGAAUGGAUGGAGAAGCAUUCAGAAUGCAAGGGAUAUGGGAGUGCAACAGAUGAGGAUUAUGAUGAAUCAGAAGAGGGGAUGGAGUAUGAUCUUGAGGAGGUGAACACCAGCGAUUUGGACUUUGAUGCUGCAGCAGAUAAAGCAAGGACAAUGCGUGAGGGGGAGAGUAGCAGUGAUAGUGAGGAGACCCUAGAAGAUGAGACCGAUGAAGAUCAGGAUGGAAGUGAUACUGAUGAUGUUGAGAGUACUCCGUCAUCUGUCGACACAUCUCCUGCACCUACUGAAAGUGCUGAUGAGUGGUUCCGAGAAGAGAAGGAUUGGGAUUCUGAUGAUGAUGACUAUUAG